CCGGCGGGGCGGGGCUCCUUCCGGCGUGGUGGGAUGGAGGGAACGGCGCGGCCUGGGCCCACGUGCCUGCUGCUGGGGGCGGUGGGCGGCGGCAAGAGCCUGCUGGCCAGGCGGCUCCGCCAUAUCCGGGGUGCGGGGGGUCCCGGCGGGGCAGGGGUCCCGGGUGGACCGUGUCCUCAUCCCCUUCCCAGCCGUCAUCGUGUCCUUAACUCUGCCGCACAGCUGAGCGCCGAGGAGGGGACGUCAGAGCUGGGCGAGCCCCCGGCUACUCUGCCUACGGUGGGCACCAACCUGACUGACCUGCGGCUGCCACGGAAGGUGACGGUCCGGGAGCUGGGCGGCUGUAUGGGACCCAUCUGGCCCAGCUACUACAGCGAGUGCAGCGCUCUCCUGUUUGUGGUCGAUGCUGCCAAUCCCACCCAGGUCUCCUCAUCCUGUGUCCAGCUGCUGUCCAUCCUCUCUGCAGAGCAGCUUGCCUCCGUGCCUGUGCUGGUCAUCUUCAAUAAGAUUGACCUGCCCUGCUACAUGUCACUGGUGGAGAUGAAGUCGUUGUUCCGCAUGCAGGAUAUCAUCUCCUGUGCCACACAGCCCAUCACGAUGCUGGAGACCAGCGCCCGUGACGGCACCGGCCUGGCGGAUGUCCUGCAGUGGCUUCGGGCCACCCUCGGAGACCCCCGCUGAGCUCGACCCUGCCUGGGUGCCUGCAACAGCCCGAGCGAGCCCUGUCACCAAAGGAGGCGGCCAGUGAGCAGCUGUCCUGCUUGGGGCUGGGAGCAGGGCCCAGGACAGCAUCACAGGCUGGUGAUGGAAGGACACUUGUGGAACUUUACAGUAAACCCUCCAUCUUACUGUCCA